CACGCACUCUCGUUUGCACAAAAGCAGCAAGAAAAAGCGAUCCCGAAGGUAAAGUUGUGAGCAGAAAAUUUCGAUUCCAACACGUAAAGUUCCUUAUAAUGGCACAAACAACCGUCGCGAAUCAAUCGACAUUGCUACCACUCGAGCUGGUAGAUAAAUGCAUCGGUUCGCGGAUACACAUCAUCAUGAAGAACGAUAAGGAGAUCGUGGGCACGCUGCUAGGGUUCGACGACUUUGUCAACAUGCUGCUGGAGGACGUGACGGAGUAUGAGAACACACCGGAAGGCCGGCGGAUAACCAAGCUCGACCAGAUCCUGCUGAACGGCAACAACAUUACGAUGCUCGUGCCCGGUUCGAGCGGCGAUCUUCCGGAAGCAUCGUAAAGCGCUUGCGGCAUAUUUCCCCCUCCCUGCUGUGGCUGCUGUGAAUCGAGAAGAGUGUGAAUUAAUGUAAUUGAAAACGCGAAUAAUGGAAGAAGAGAUAACACUUGAAA